AUGAUAUCCACACUUGAGCAUAGACCUGAGGAGGAACGACAGCAGAAUUCUACCGAUGAGCACAUGCUUUACGGUGAGCCGGUCGGCCAGUUUAGGCAGACAUUUGCAGUCGCCCCAACAGAACGUUGUAGUCCACCGGCCGGACGCCAGUUAGCCUGA